UGGAAUUCAAGUUCCUUCCAAGACGCAGAGUUUGCAUGCUGUGAGUCGCAUCCUGAUUGGGACAAGCUCCCCAGCUCGGGGAUCACCAAGGCAUGGCCAACUGGCCGGCCCUCGUUGUCGUUCUGCUGCUUCCACAGGCAACUUGUUUCUACCUGCCCGGCGUUGCUCCGACAGAGUAUUUGGAUGGCAGCAGAGUGGACCUCAAAGUCAAUAAGCUGACGUCAGUGAAGACCCAGCUUCCCUACAGGUACUACACCUUGCCUUACUGUCCGCCAAAGGAGAUCCAUGUUACUCCGGAAAAUCUCGGCGAAAUCUUGAUGGGCGAUUCCAUAGAAAACUCACUCUAUGAUGUCAGGAUGAAAGUCAACGUAUCCUGUGCUCUUUUGUGUGAUCGAGCCCUUGAGGAAGAGGAAAAAGCAGUGUUCCAGCGGAUGAUCGAUCACGAGUAUCAGGUCAAUUGGUUGGUGGAUAAUUUGCCUGCUGCUAUGAAGUAUCAGAAGACAAGCAGCGGCGCUGUGUCGUACACUAAUGGCUUCCCCGUGGGACUAAAGAUUGAUCGCAGUUACUUUGUGCACAAUCACAUCCAGAUUGGGCUCUACUACCAUACAAACGCAGAAGAGUUUGAAGGUAGUCGUGUUGUGGGCUUUGAGGUUUUCCCGUUGAGCAUUCAGCAGCAGAAGAAUUCUGAUGGAACUCUUCAAUGUGGUGAUAUGGAUGAUCCAGUGCCCCACUUCGAUCUGAUGAAAGAACAGAGCAUCACGUACAGCUAUGAUGUCGUUUGGAUUCCAAGCCCAAUUCGCUGGGCAUCUCGCUGGGACAAUUACUUGAAGAUGCAUGAAGGCCAGAUUCAUUGGUUCUCAAUAAUCAACUCACUGAUGAUUGUACUCUUCCUGUCUGGAAUGGUAGCCAUGAUCCUGCUGCGAACAUUGCAUCGGGACAUUGCAAAAUACAAUGACAUGGAUGCGGAUGAUUCCGCAGAGGAGACUGGCUGGAAACUCGUACAUGGUGAUGUCUUCAGGAAGCCUCCGCACUCAAAGGCGUUGGCCGUCUCUGUCGGCUCGGGCGUUCAACUGCUGGUUUGUUCGUGUGUGACCCUCGUGUUUUCAGCUAUUGGAUUUCUCUCUCCAGUGCACCGCGGCUCUAUUCUUCAGGGUAUGCUCUUGCUCUUCACCUUUGCGGGCAUUCUUGCAGGCUACACAUCUGCCCGCUUCUACAAAAUGUGGAAGGGUGAAGAUUGGAAGAAAACAACGCUGCUAACAGCCUUCUUGUACCCGGGAACAGUUUUCUGCAUUUUCUUCGUACUUGACCUCUUCAUUUGGGGCACACAGUCCUCUGGAGCGGUCCCUUUUACCACGAUGUUUGCGCUGCUGGUCCUUUGGUUUGGGAUUUCGGUGCCUCUUGUUUUUCUGGGCGCCUUCUUCGGCUACAAGAAGGCCCCAGUUUCGCUGCCAGUCCGCACCAACCAGAUUCCUCGGCAAGUCCCAGCCCAGCCUUGGUACAUCACUGGGACCUUCUCCUGCCUUGUGGGUGGCGUGCUGCCAUUUGCUGGAGUAUUUACUGAGUUGUUCUUCAUCAUGUCCUCCAUUUGGCAACACCAGUUCUACUACCUCUUCGGAUUUCUCAUGCUUGUUCUUCUUAUCCUGGUGGUGACCUGCGCUGAAAUUUCUAUCACACUGGCAUAUUUCCAGCUGACCAAUGAGGAUUAUAACUGGUGGUGGCGAUCCUUCUUCACCAGCGCGUCUUCCGCGCUCUAUGUGUUUGCAUAUUCUUGCUUGUACUACUUCACCCGUAUGCAGAUUGGGCAUUAUGUGGGUGCUUUGCUGUACUUUGGCUACAUGUUUGUCAUUUCCUACACUUUCGCGCUUAUCACGGGUGCCAUUGGGUUCAGUGCCACAUUCAUGUUUGUGCGCACCAUCUAUGGCUCAAUCAAGAUAGAUUAAGCAUCCAGAACUUCAAGGCUUGGAGCAUCAGCCAUCCUACCGAAGAAGGUCGUGAUGCUGAACACGCUAACGACAUACCUCAGCCACUGAGUGCUAAUUCACAGAGCAUGCGUGAGAUUGACAACAUAUUGCGGGUGGCA